UGGCGCAUGCUCACUCCGGAAUUCACGGCCAAGAUGGCGGCGCAGGGAGGCGACGUGAGCCGCUCCCUGAAAGAAGCGCUCCUGGAGAGUCUCACAGCUAUCCUGUCCCCGCAACACGAGGUCAGAAUCGCCGGGGAGGAGCAGAUCAAGGUUCUCGAAGUCACAGAAGAAUUUGGCGUGCAUCUUGCAGAGUUUACUGUUGAUCCACAGGGAGCGUUAGCCAUACGACAGCUGGCAUCUGUUGUCCUGAAGCAGUAUGUGGAGACUCACUGGUCAGCACAGUCGGAGAAGUUCCGCCCACCUGAGACUACGGAGCAGGCCAAGCACCACAUCAGACAGCUUCUCCCCAUUGGCCUGAAGGAGUCCAUCAGUAAGGUCCGGUCCAGCGUUGCCUACGCCAUCUCCGCCAUCGCUCACUGGGACUGGCCCGAGGCCUGGCCGGACCUGUUCCUCCAGCUGAUGCAGGCCCUGACCAGUGGGGACUUCAAUGCUGUCCACGGAGCCAUGAGGGUGCUAACAGAGUUCACCCGCGAAGUGACAGAUGCACAGAUGCCGCAGGUGGCACCUGUCAUUCUUCCCGAGAUGUACAAGAUCUUCACACAAGCUGAGGUGUACAGUAUCCGUACCCGUGGGCGAGCUGUGGAGAUCUUCACUACGUGUGCCAACCUCAUCUACACCAUCAAUGAGAUCAACAAGGGGGCAGCCAAGACCCUGCUGUUUCCUGUGCUGAACCAGUUUGUGGAGGCCUUGGGUCAGGCACUAACUGUACCGGACGGCCCCACUUCUGACAGUGGGCUGAGAAUGGAAGUACUCAAGGCUCUGACUGCUCUGGUGAAGAACUUCCCCAAGCAGAUGUUAGGUUGGAUGGCACAGAUCCUGCCGGCUGUAUGGACCAUCUUCACUCAGAGCGCUUCUUUCUAUGUGAGCACAGAGGUGAAUAAUGCAGAGGAUGCUGAUGAUCCUGUAGACUCUGAUGGUGAAGUCCUGGGUUUUGAGAACGAAGGACGCAAGAGCGUGGGGCGCAUCCAUGGCCUGAUUGAGACCCCCAAGUUCCGCAGCACUGUCAAGAAGAGCAUGAGAGAGCUCAUCUAUUACAUCAUACCUUACAUGCAAAUUACUGAGGAACAGAUUAAAGUGUGGACGGAGAACCCAGACCAGUUUGUGGAGGAUGAAGAUGACGACACUUUCUCCUACUCUGUCAGGAUCUCUGCACAGGACCUGCUGCUGGCUGUGUCGUCUGAGUUCCAGACGGAGAGUGCAGCUGGGAUCACAGCAGCUGUCACACAGCACCUGCAGGAGGCUGAACAGGCCAAGAAUGCUGGCAGCCCACACUGGUGGAAGCUCCAUGAGUCCUGUAUGUUGGCUCUGGGCUCCAUCAAGAGUCUCAUCAUCGACAUGUGUAACAGUGGGAAGAUACAGUUCGAUCUGAACGGCUUCCUCACGUCUGUAGUGUUGGCUGACCUCAACAUGCCAGUUUCUCCAUUCCUGUUGGGCAGAGCUCUGUGGGCUGCCAGCAGGUUCACCCUAGCAAUGUCUCCUGAACUAGUACAGAGGUUUUUAGAAGCUACAGUGAACGGGCUACAGCCCAACCAGUCACCGUCCGUCAGAAUAUCAGCUGUACGAGCAAUCUUUGGGUAUUGUGACCACUUGAAGCAGUCAGGAAACACCCAGCUGUUGGUGCCGUACCUUCCACACGUCACAGAAGGGCUCAUCAGUAUAGCAACACAGUAUGCAUCAGAGGUCCUGGCCCUGGUGUUAGAAACACUCAGGAUAGUGUUAACCAUCGACCAUAGUUUUACUGCCUCGUACGAGUCCAAGAUCAUCCCCCUGUCCAUAGCAGUGUUCCUCAAGUAUAACCAUGAUCCCCUUAUAGCAUCCCUGACAGAAGACAUUUUCAAAGAACUAGCGAGUAUUCCAACAUGUCAGCAGCCCCUCCAGCAGAGGUUACUCCCCACCCUCAUUAGCAUCAUGCAGGCCCCAGCAGACAAAGUACCACAUGGGCUCUGUUCUAUCUCCAUGGACAUCCUGUGUGGAGUUGUCCGCAGCAGUGCCACGCCCCUGUCUGAUGUGCUCAUCUCCCAGGCCUUCCCUGCGUGUGCACAGGCAACCCUUAAAACAGACGACAACUCUGCACUACAGAGCGGAGGUGAAUGUAUACGGGCGUACGUCUCUGUCGCCUGCGAACAGAUAAUCGCCUGGCACGACGAUGCGGGCAACAACGGCAUAUACUACGUCAUCCAGGUCGCCCUGCACCUCCUGGACCCGCGUACGUCUGAGUUCUGCGCGUCGUUCGUUGGGAAGCUGUUGACGGCUCUGUUUAAGAAGGCAGGGGAGAGAUUAGGGGACAGUCUGGACAUGCUGCUGAGAGCUGUGCUCAGUAAACUACAGCAGGCAGAGACACUCAGUGUCAUACAGUCCUUAGUGAUGGUGUUUGCCCACCUGAUGCACACCCGACUGGAGGACCUGUUAGAGUUCCUGUGUAGUGUACCCGGCCCUACAGGAAACACUGCCCUGGAGUUUGUACUGGGAGAGUGGUGCGAGAAACAACACCUCUUCUAUGGAGCAUACGAAGGGAAAGUAAGUUCUGUAGCGUUGUCCAAACUGCUGAGCCACGGGAUCAGCAAGAACAAUGAGAUAACAAAGAAGUUACAGGAGGUGACAGUCAAGGGCGACCAGAUUUUCAACCACGAGGGAAUCAGGACUAGAUCCAAGGCAGCAUCCCAGCCGGAGCAGUGGACCAUGGUUCCAGUCCUGGUGAAGUUGUACAAGCUGCUGAUCAAUGAGCUGUCCAGUCAGAUCGAGAACAACAUGUCCAGACAGGCCUCGGCAGGCGGAGAGGACCUGGAUGAUGAGGAAGGGUGGGAUGAUGAUGAUGAUGAUGAUGCGGGUGAUGAGGAGGCCAUGGGCCAGACACUGUCCCAGCUGCUAGACGUCGGGGGAGCGGGAAUUUAUGGUUAUGAUGACUUUGAUGAUGAGGAAGAGGAUGACCCGGAUGCUGCCAAAGAUGAGCUGAACCAGGUGGACCUGCAGGCCUAUCUGACAGACUACCUUCAGCAGUUAGCGCAGCAGCCCUGUCACUCAGCCUUCCUGCAGCAUCUCACAGACUCCGAGAAACGGGUCCUGGCGUCCAUCGGCAUUCCAGUUUAGUACGCCAGGGAGAGACCAGGGAACCCACCGAAAAACAUACCCCAGAAAUCUGACUCAUCUAACAUUAGCAUGGUGGAAAAAGACUAACUUUUCUGAUUCAACACAGCUGAUCCUUCGAUGUAGGCGUAUCAAAUUGUUUUUUUAGGGAAAGGCAAUUUUAAGCUAUUUUCUGCAGCCUUCUUCAUAUAGAAUGACCCACUAAGCACUUUUGUCUUGUGACCUUAUAAGGAGUGCAUCAUACAUGUAUGUUCAAGGUAGUGGUGAGUUAUUUCAUCUAAGGAAGACUGAAAAAAAAAUUGUUAAUCCCACUACCGUACUGUGUUGGAAGAAAAGUUUUUUAGCUUGUACCAAGACAUAUAUCCAUCAUCUUAAUCUGGUAUAGCCUAUAACAUUGCCCGGGCUCAAAAAACCUACAACUGGCCAGACAGAUAAUCCCUGCAUUGCUUGUUUUCUUUGACUUCAGUGUCAGGGGCCCUUACUCUUACCCUUGUACUGGAAGACAUCAGAAAUGCCUGCACAACUCCAAUUCCACCUGAACCUACCUGCAUAUGCGGGUGGUAUUUUGAGCCUUGGUAGCAUUUGUGUUGAGGUGCUCAUAGGUUGUGUGUUACAAUGAUCAUCCGCUUAAAAGACUACUUCACUGCAACUUAUGUUUGAAGAUUUUUCUUGUGUAGAGGGAAAAAAUAUGUCUCAAUAAUUAACUUCAUCUGUUUGAUCAAGUCUAAAUGCUUAGUUGUGUUGUGAAAUGUUAUGGCUUACAGUAGGUCCACUCAGCUUCCUCUACUAAAGAUGGUAUUGUAUGUAUGUUUGUACUUUGCCAAUUUUAUCUUUAGACCUUUUGCAAUCAUAUCUUCAAAGUUGAAUUUUAUUGCAUAUAUCAAAUAUAUGUAUUAUGUAUACACUACUUGUUUAUAAUGGGAAAAUUGGUAAAGAAGCUUCUUUUUCAUUCUGUGUAUGUAGCUGUUUCUAGGCGAAUAGCUUAUAGCAAACAAUAUUACAACUACAGAACUCCAGUAGUCAAAUUGUCUAUUUCCCUUACAUAUACUCAAGCGAGCUCUGCCUCGAAAACUCUAAAGUGCUGGCAUAAAGGCCUCAGCUCUGUUAGCAAGGGCUUUAAUAGAAUCUCCUGAAUCUUGUAAAAGGUCUUACAUUUAAUAUAGGGUGCUACUCUGUACUGUAAUGGACAUGUUGUUUGUUAAUGUACCUUAGAAGUUUGCCAACUCAUAGGCAUUGGUUUUCAAUAGCUCUGCCCUAUACAUUGUGUAUGUUGAUACUGUGUGAUCUAGUACUAGAUCAAAGUUGUUCUUGCAGAAUAUUCCUUGAUCUGUUUAUGUCAUGAAGCUUUGAAACUAACACUGCCAACAAAGCUACCAAAGAAUGUCAGGCCAUUAGGGUGGGUACCUGUACAGAAAAUUUAGUAAAAAUGGCCUCAUCUCUCCUCUCCUUUGCUCGUUAUUUUCUUGGGCCAAUAAGCCACAAAACACAUAAAUGCCUGCUAAUAUAAUCUGUUCAUUUUCUUAUCGGUCCACUGAUUUUUUUUUAGGUCCUGUUUUUCUGGACCGGUCCAACAAGAAUUAAAACGGUUUUGUACCUGUACACUGUACCAGUACCCACCCCUAAUGCCAGGCCAUCCAAUAUCUGACUUUAUUGCUUUCCCAUAUAUAGACUCAUACUACAUGUUGUAAGACUUUCAUUGUCGUUUGUAUGCUGGCUAUUCACCCACAUUUGUAUACGAUUACAUGGUCUUUUAAGAUAGGGCAAGUCAAACAGUCAUGUUUUUGACAUGAUCAUUCAGUAAGGUAAUUAUCUUUCUUCCCUUUGACUUGCACUGUAGUUGCUACAACUUUGGUGUGAUAUUGAUAGCCCAUGGGCAUUAAAACCAAAUCAGUUUCUUUAAAAUUGGUGAUUACCGGUAAUAUUAAGAAGUAUAGUAUGUGCAUCAUUAUGAAUUAUAAUUAUCGUAAGUUAUCAAAAUUAGUAUGCACACUGGAUAAAAAAAAUCCAGCAUUGUACAUAACAUAUUAUUCAAUGUUCCCUAUGUUUAAAAUGUCUUCUAUUGUUUGUAAUAGACUGAAUUCACAAUGGUUUAUGGUAAAGACAAAGGCAGCAUUGUUUUUUUCCAAGCUGAAAGAAAUAUUGAAAAUUGCAGUUUGACUUAAUGAAUGUGAACACUAAUGGUUCAGUUGUUUUGAAAGUUUCCAUAGGAGGCCAGUUGUUGCUGUUUUGUGCGAGGAAAGAAGCAAUAAUUUGAAAUCUGACGGACAUUUGACUUCUCAGAUUCUUACUUUGUACCCAUUUUCAAAGUAGAGCAAUGAGACAACUGACAAACUUUUGUGGUCUAUAGUUGGUGUAUUAUGCCAAAUAUUUUUUCCAAAUAUUGUGUGAUGGCUGUAUUGUGAGUCUGACAGAAAAAAAACUAUGGUAAGAUUUAGGUAGUUUUUCUCCUUUCUAAAAGGAACUGUUGCAUUUUCUCCUUUGUAUGUAAUGUUACUAAAAUGUUCUUCCUAACUAAUCGCUAAGAAAGAAUCAACAUUACAAUUGAUAAGUUUUGAAUUGAAAUGAUAGUAAUAAUUCCUGAAAGAAGCUGCAGCAUGGAAAUUCCAGAUUAAAAUGUGUCCAGAGUUGUUGA